AUGUCGGAAAAGUUUGAUGAAGCUACCCAGAAGGAGCUGGCUUCCUUCGUCGAGGCGGAGCAAGCACAGGCGCGCAUGCACCAAUCCAUCCACACCUUGACGAGCAUGUGCUGGGACAAAUGCAUCACGAGCACUCCCUCGACGCGAUUUGCCCGCGGUGAAGAGAACUGUCUCGCGAAUUGCGUGGAGCGAUUCUUGGACACGAGUCUGUUCAUGGUGAAGAAAAUUGAAGAGCAACGGUCACGAAUGCUCCAAUAG